CUUCACAACAACAACAACAACAACAACAACAACAACAACAGAAGCAUAUGCAGUAAGGAACAUUCUCGCUGCAAAGGCCUGAAACACUGGCGCGCUUGUCUUUGAUUCAGAGCUCUUGCAAAAACGCGAUUUUUUGAGCGCUAUUCUGGACUUACUGCUUCGAAUACUUGCUCUGCUCGCCAGGCGGAUCACUCGGAGAGCUUGAGAGUGGGCCCCGGCCUUGGCCGGGACUCAGCAGAGCUGAGCCGCACCUAGCUAGGGCUAGCGAAGAGGCAUCAUGCAGCCGGGACCACCAAGCAGCAUGCAGCCGGGGCCACCGCCAAUGUCUAUGGCACCAGGGAUGGCACCAGGUAUGGCGCCAGGUGCGGCGCCUGGUAUGGCGCCGGGCGUCGCGCCGCAGGCAGGGCUACCAAUCCAGCCGCUUAAUAUGGCACCCGGCGUCUCGCACAGCAUGAUCCCGGGCAUGCCCCCCAGCAUGGCGCCAGGAGCGGCACCUCCGCGGCCGGCUGGCAUGGCGCUAGGCGUGGUUGCGCAGCCGGGACUGCCAGCACCUGGCAUGGCGCAAUACCAGCAAAUGCAGGCACAGCAGCAGGUCGGUGCCAAGCGCCCAGCGGAUGCCGUGGGGCCACCGGAUGCUAAGCGAAUGCGGCCUGGCGAGCCCGAGCCUGCUCCCGCACAAGCCCCCAGCGUAGCGGUGGCACAGCCGGCAGCAGCAGCGCCUGCACAGCCCACGUUGGCUGCGGCGCAGGUGUUCAACAUCAUUUCGCAGACGCUGGCGCACACGCAGGCCACGCAAGCAGCCGCAGCGGCGGCCGCGCAGGCGGCGCAGCGCCAACAGCAGCAGCAACAGCAGCAGCUGCUGCAGCGCCAGCGCGCGGCGGCGGCGGCCGCGGCGGGUGGGAGUGCGUUUUCGGUGGACCAUCCCGACGACGACCGCCGCCUGCUGCCCCGGCGUGGCAUGCGCAUGGCACUGCGCGCCGCCGGCCUCGAGAACCACGUGAUGGACCCCGCCACGGAGGCCGCGCUGGUGGAGUUCUACACCGAGUGGGUCAGCAACGCGGUGGCCCUGGGCUGCGAGGCAGCCAAGCGGCGCAAGAGCGGCGGCGUGCUCAAGGCGCGCGACAUCGCGCUGCACCUGGAGCGCAGCUGGAACCUGGCCAUCCCUGGGUUCGCCGGCGACGUGCUCAAGCCCUACCGCCGCGCGAACGCCUCGGAGCUGCACCGGCAGCGCGCGGCGGCGGUGCGGCGCACGGCGCAGGAACUGGACAAGGACGCGCAGCACCAUUAUCAGCAGCUGCAGCAGCAACAGCAGCAGCAACCGGCUUCUCCGCAGGGGCCGCCACAGCAGGCGCAGCAGCAGGCGUCGCCGCAGCAGGCACCGCAGCAGUUGAGCCAGGGAGGCGGCGCGGGCGGUGGUAUGGCCGGGAUGGCGCCGGGGUCCGCGGCGGGAAACCACCUGAUGGCAGCCGCGGCAGUGGCGCUAACGUAGUCAGGAGUGUGCGUGCAUGUGUAGACCGUAGAUGUUUGCGGGCGCAAGGGUGUGAGAUGGGACAGUGUUAAGGCAGGCUGGUGAAGCCCAGUAGGGUGCAGUGAGCGCAAGGGUGCAAGUGCGUGACACUUCCAAUGGAAUGCGGAAAAGGGUUAGCGAAGUGCUUUCGAUAGGGUUAGGUGCACCGUUGCAUGAUGAUAUUGGAGGCGCCCCCAUCAGGUGCUGGGUGGUGCCCGGCCUGCUUGCGGGGUGGCGAUGCGGAACAUCUUGCAAGGGACUGUGACCGCACCGCACCUCUCAUAGACCUUGGACUUCACAGCCCACAGGCAGUGGUGCAGGUCUUUAUGCCGUGCCAACCAUUACAGGCGCUUGGUCUGGUCUGGUAUCUACUUAAUGACGGUCCCAUGUUGCAAUCCGGCAACGCGCUAAGCUAGUGGUGUUUCCGCUUCGUGUACGUUGAUCCUGUGCAUAUCUUGCAAUCAUUGGCCGGGACUCUCUCUACAGCUGCAAAUGAACCUCGGCUAUCUCACCCUACAAUCCCGGGCAUUCAGGCGGUCAAAAGAUGCCUUCCCAAUCAACCCAGACGAGUGUUCUGUU